CUAACUAACUAAAGACAUGUUUUAUUGAAGUUGCUAAGCCUGUCAAGAUAUGCAAUGAGUCCAUUUGUCGCAAGGUAAAUAAAAAUGAGGCCGAUAAUUUUCACGGCUGCGUUUUAUCACCGUGUGCGUGCGUGUAGAGAACAUAUGAGACUCCAGUUCAUUUUACAGACGUUUAUUGGUAAUCGACACACGGUAGAAUUACAGUUCAGACAUACAAAAUAAGGAAUCACGUAUAUUAAACACUGUAAACGUUAGCAUUGCUACAUUGAGACUAAUAGGGGUAAAAAGACAACCUACUAUAGCCUGCUAUAGAACAUUGGCAGUCUUGUCCAAAAUGCAAACUUGCGUUAAAAGGUGACACUUCAAACAUUAAAAAUCGCUGGUUAACAGCAUUUGCAAACGAAAAAAUGAAAAGAAAAAAAAAUCUGAGUGACACCACAAGCAAUGACGAUAAGUGCUUUUUUGCGGAGUGUGAAGCUGUUAAUGGUUUAGCUAACUUCCUUCCGGUGAACAUAUCAAAAUAAAAGCAUGCCACGUUCAUAUAAAUAACGAUUUCUGGAGUUAAUUCCCCAUACUUCAGAAUUAAUACUAUAAUAUGUAAAUACUAUAAUACUACAGAAUUCAGAUUUUAUACUAAGAAUAGCUUUAAAAUGACACCCUUCUUAUAAUACUAUUUUAUAUAGUAGUACACUAUAAUAAUAAUGCUAGAUACAUAGAUUUUUAAAUUGUUUUGAAUAAUGUUGGAAAGGCAAAGUCAGUGGUCUGAAUCUGUUUACAUUGCAUUUUGCACUCGUAAAUGCUAUCAACAUUUGACCUCAUUGUUUAUGUGUGAUUAAGUAUUGUUAUAUACAUGUUUAUUUGUACUUUAAUAAAGAAUUGAAGUAUUUUUGUGAAUGAAUAAGCGUCAACAAAAAUUUUGUUGCUAAAUUAGUAAAAAGUCGACUAAUCGUAAAAAUAGUCGGCUGACAAAUCGGGAGAAAAUUAGUCGUUUGGGACAGCCCUACCGGAACACAUUUCCUCCACACCCUUCUCACCUUUUUAACCCCUGACCCAUUUUCAUGCCUGAGCAAUGCUGACAGAGUCACAUGACAUUUUGGAGGGAAAAUGACAAGCAGUACUCAAUUUGGACAUUUAGGGAUGUACGUUUUUUCAAAGGGGUGUACUCACUUUUGUUGCCAGGGGUUUAGAUAUGAAUGGCAAUAUUUUGAGGGGAAAAUAAAUGAACUCUAUUAUAUAAGCUGCACACAGACUACUUUUCAUUGUGUCCAAGUGUCAUUUUGUCAGUGUUGUCCCAUGAAAAGAUAUACUUAAAUAUCUGCAGAAAUACGAGGGGUGUACUCACUUUUGUGAUACACUGUAGUAGGGCUGCAGCUAUCGAAUAUUUUAGUAAUCGAGUAUUCGACUGAAAAUUCUAUCGAUUAAUCGAGUAAUCGGAUAGAACAGAUAUUUUUUAUGUAAAGAGCAAUUAUAAAUAUACAAGAAAAAACAAGACAUUUCACUUAAUAUUGAACCAUUUUCAGACAAUGUUUUUAUUUUCGUUGUACAUUUUUGAAAACCGAUAACAAUUGCAUCUCAGAUGUGACUAGAAAAAUAAAAAUUCACGGCUUUCACUCAAAAAGCUAGAUCUUAUGAAAAGAAAUCUUAUUUCCUACCUAAAAAUGUAAUUAUGCCUCAUAACACACAUCACUUAAAAGGUGUUUUUCCCAUGUGUGUCAACUGAAUUUCCAAUUGUGUCUAGCUAUUUUUAAGUUCUAGUUUAUCAUGUUUUAAGUUAGUCUAAAUUGUAAGUAGGGCUGCAACUAUCGAUUAUUUUAGUAGUCUAUUAAUCGAUUAAGUAGUUCAAAUAAUUGAGUAAUCAGAUAGGGAACAUGAAAAAUUCAUAAAUAAAUAAAUAAGGAUCUAUGUACAACAAAAGAGCAAUGGCUAACUUACAUAGCAAAAGUCCACUAGCUUAAAUGCUAUAAAACUAACAUUUUUUGUUUUUGUUUUUAACAAUGCUCUUAACAAUUGUUCAGACGCGUAUUCCAGCAAAAAAAAAAAACUGCUAAAUAAUGAUAUAAAUUAAAUUACGAAUGCAUUGAAAAAAACUUUAGCUCAAACAAAAACGUGGCUUAUGUUGGUGUUAAUAUGGAGCAGCUGGAUUCAGCUAUGUGAAAUGAUAUAUGAAUAUGAAUAUCCACCAAACUCAAUAAAACUAAAUGCAAACACUUUCACAAUAAACCUUUACAACACCACUGUAGUUAAACAAAUACUCGAAGCAGCAAAAUUUAAUUUGAAUCUUUUUUUCUCAUCGAAUACUCAAGUUAAUGGAUUAAUCGUUGCAGCACUACACUGUAGGAUGUAUCACCGAGUGUCAAGACACAGCUGUGAAUGGCCACAGCCAGAUUUUAGGGGGAUUUUAUGGGUGAAAUACGGUAAUAUAACAAGGGUCGCGUUGCAGAAAUCAAGGAGUGGUCGAGAUUUUUAUUUUCAUAUAUCUACCCUUUUAAACUUUUUUUUUCUUUCUGUUUUUCUUUGUUUGGAUCAAUUAUCAUCUAAAAUAUUGGGAAAAAGCGUAAGUAACGAAAAUAAUACAAUUAAGUGGUAGUUAUGAGGUCGAUAUCUGUUAUUUUUCACAGACACUAAUUUUUUCAUUAUGACGCAAUUUGUUUAAAAGUUCAAAAUAUGCGAGUGAAUAAUUUUUUAAACACUUUUUUUUUUUUUAAAUAUUCGACAUCAAUGAAUGAUUCUAAGCUACAAAUGAGCGACAUUUUGAAUAAUAUACCUUCGUUGUAUGGCUGGGUUGAAACAGAAGCGGUUGCGCGACGUCUGUAAACGGGGGUUUCCAGGGUAAAAGGGACACAUUAAAAAUAGUUAGGGGGCUUUUUGCGCAAUGAAUCUGCUAUGGCUGCAUAUAGACAUAUUGUUCUAUGAAACACAACAGUUGUUUUGGCUUAAAAUACAGCUGUUUCUUUUGUUUUCCGCCAUAUUCAUUCGCAUCCACAUUAUGAAACCAAUGACACGUUCCCCCUCCCGUCCGCCAGGCGGCAGCGUCGCGUACGAAUCCCGCUCACUAUCCGCCGUUGGAGCGGAAAAAGAAACAGCAGACGAGCGCGGAUGCACCAAAAUAGCACUUAGCAUUAGCUCCUGCUCUUUAUUUACGUUGUUCUCUCGCUGCCAUCUCUGGUUCAACACCCUAAAAGUGUGGAUUAAACGCAUUCGGAUCCGGCAGUCGUCAGUUAAAACGGCUAAAAAUGUUCCGCGGUCGGCCUCCGCCGCGGGGCUCUCACCGGUUUCCUUUCCAGCCUCGCGGCUCGAGGCCUUACCAACAUCCUCACUCUUCGGAGGGCCAAAGAGACGAGCGAAACCGCGGCGACAGAUCCCCGUACUACUCGGGUUAUCACCCCCGCGGACACCCCGAUUACCGACGCUCUCCCCCGCAUAGAGGCUACUACCGGGGCGGCCAACACCGCGGCGGCGGUCCGCCGAGAGAGAGGUCGCAGUCGCCUCCUCGCCACCGUCUUCCCAUCGACCACAAACUCGUCAUCACGGUGGGCAACGAGCUGACGAGCACCGCGCCGCCGCGUCAGCACGACAGAGACCGAAGUCCGGACCGGAGUCGAGGGCGCAGCAAGAGCCGGGCGAGGAGCAAGAGCCGCCACCGCAGCCGGGGUCGCAGUAAAUCCAGGUCCAGGUCGAGAUCCAGAUCCAGAGGGCGCAGUCGAGGGCGGUCGUCCAACAGGGCGCCCAGCCGGGGCCGCAGUCGCAGUAGAAGGCCCAGCAGCAGCAGCAGUAGUAGUAGCAGCAGCAGCAGCUCGAGCCGCGGAUCUUACGGCAAACUGGAAGAGGUUCGGCGGAGGAAGGAACUGGAAGACAUGUUGUGCCUGCCCACCAAGUCCAUCCUCAAGAAACCUCCCGAAUAUGAGCACACGAGUCCGGACUCGGGCAUGUCCAACGUGACGGAGGAUCUGCUGCGGGCCGUGAAAGAGAUGGAGCCGGCGGCCGUGGCGUCUGUCUUGAGCGCGCUGCGCUCCGACCCGCAGAUGUCCCAGCGAGCGGACCUCGACGCUGAAAUCAAAGAAAUCCUCGACCUGCUGGAGCGGGGUCAGAAGGCCAAGAGUCUGGCGAAUGACAUUGACGAUGAGGAGAAGUUCCUGUACGGGGACCCGGAAGAACCCUAUGCCUGUGCCCAGCCGGCCCCGAACAACACCUUCGAUCCCUACACCGAAGUGACGGAGGACCUCCUGUAUGGCGAUCUGGUCACCGGCCCCACGGCGACUUCGGCCCCUGAAGCCAGAGCUCCUGCCGACUGGACCCCUUCCGUCCCCGUCUCGGCGGCUAGCGAAGCCCCGCCAGAGGAGGCCGGCGAACAGCAGUCGCUGGACGACUACCAUAAGCUCCAGAACCUUUUGAAGACCAUCGGCUUGGACCUGGGCGUGACCGAGAUCAACAAACUGGCCGCCAGGACCAAAGAACGCCUGCACGGGAACAAGCCCCCCAAGACGCCCAAGCGGCGCCAGCGCUACUCGUCGGAAAGCUCGGACGACGAGCGCGGGAGGCGGAGCCGAAGCGGCAGCAGCUCCGAGGACGAGAAACGUGUCGGGAAACGUGGCGACGAACGCAGCUGGAGCAAAGACAGCGGGCGCGGGAACGGAGCGCUACAUGCCGAGGCGCCGCAACAGACGCCAGUGCCGGAUGUCCCCCCGCCGGCCGCUGUCCCCCCGCCGGCCGCUGUUCCCCCGCCAGCGGCGGUCCCCACGCACAUCCCACCCUCCUACCCCCCUCCGCACGUGCAAGGCAUCAUGGCACCACCUUACCCUCCGCCCGGAUUCGGUCAGUACGGGAACUACAUGCCGUACCCGCCCCCACAAUGGCCGCCUAUGUACCCGCCUCCCAGCAUGACCGUGCCCCCGCCCGCUCCAACGUACGACCAACCUGGAAACCAGACGCUGCCUGAGCCUCAGGUUAAAGGUACCGUAAAGUCUUCGUGGGGCGGCGGGACAACAGGAUCUCAAGUGUCAAGUCGGGUUUCGGAGCAGGAGAACAACGAGAGCCAGAAGCGGAAGGUCCUGGAGGAGCGCGAGAACCUGAAGCAGGAACGAGAGCAACGCAUGAAGAAGAAGGAGUACCUCAUCAAGGAACUGGAGCGGCUCCGGAAGCAGCAAGGCGAGCUGCUCAGGAAGAAACGGCGUGAGAAGGACGGUCACAAAGACCCCCUCCUGCAGGAGAUCAGCCGGCUGCAGGAGGACGUGAUGAGCCAGAUCUCGGCCCUGCGCAGGGAGCACGAGGCGGCUGAGGAGAAACGCAAUGAGAUCGAGGCGGUGGCGCUCAUCCUAGGUCUGGAACCCUCGGACCGCCACCGUGCCCCCAAUCAGCAAGAAAAAAACACCAACGCUAAGCCGAGCAAAGUCAAGUCCCGCCCCGAGCGUAGUCCCGAGCGCCAACAGGACCGCGGCGCCAGCAUUGCGCCAAAGCAAAAGCCGGCAGAAGUGGCCGCGCCUCCCGCCGUUCCCCUGACUCCGCCUCCCGAGCCAUUCGAAUACUACGACGCGGGAAACCAUUGGUGCCGGGACUGUAACGUCACCUCGGGGUCCAUGUUUGAUUUUUUUACUCACUUGCACAGCAAAAGCCACAGGAAGACUCUGGACCCUUACGAUCGUCCGUGGGCCUCGUCGACCAAAACGGUGAAGAUGGAGGAGAAGCAAACAAAACCGGCCAAAGGUUCCGAGUUCCUACUUCCCGUGCGAGGAUUUUUCUGUCAGCUGUGCGAAAAGUUCUUCGGAGACGCCAUCUGCGCGGAACAGCAUGUCACCACCCACGCUCACAACGAGAGCUACAAGAAAAAAAUGUACAAGGAUCCGCUUUACGAGCAGAGGAGAAACCUGGACCGCCAAGCCGGGCUGUCCUCCACCUCGUCCGGGAAAAAACGUAAACACGAGGAAGACAAGUCUGAGAAAAGCAAAACCAAAAAGGAGAGAAAAGAAGAAAAGGAGUUGGAGGACACUUCGUCCAAAUCCGUCAAGGAGGAAGACCGACCAUUGAAAACCUUGAAGAAAGAGGAGGAGCCGAAGACUAAAACCCAACCUUUUCACGCCAGGGAUGUUGAGGACAGGUCAAAACCAAAGAAGAAGAGCGACAAGUACCACUGGUUCGCAGAAGAAGAAGAGCGUCACAAUCCCAGGAGAGACGAAGACGAGCGAUACAAACACGGUCAAGAAGGACGGAAUUAUCGACAUCACCGACAGGCAGAGGACCAGGAGCAUCACGAGCGCCGUUCCCGACACAAAUCGGACAAAUACGAGCGCGAACGGGAAGACUCGCAGGACAAGGACAGGCUGGGGGGAGUGAGGCAACUGCAGGGUGUGGCCAAGCCCUACGACCCACCAAAAAUCAUCUGCGGUCCUAGUCCCGCCAUGCGAGCCAAGCUCCUCAAACAGAGCCCAGACGCCGCCAAGCAAACACCGACUUUUGGGAAGUUCACCUGGAAGAAACGGGAAACUAAGCUAGCUAAAGAAGCUCAGAAAGCCGCAGCCGAGUUCAUCAAGGACGAAGAAACAGUCACCGAAGAAACCUAUGAGGACUCGUUCGCCAAGUCCAUGGCGUUCGCUAAAGAGAUUGCGCUGAAGCUAGCAGCUGGCUGCAAACAAGCCAAGCCGCAGACCAACUUUGCGGUCCCUGCUGCUGUAGCGAAGCAACCUCAGGUGGUCAGGAAAACCGGACACCUGAACUCUGGUCCGCUUCAGGACUCAGCUACGCUAAUGCCGCCACCUGACAACCUACCCAUUUUCGGUCCUGUCAAGAAGGUGCCGGAAGCAAAGCAAGAUGUUCCUCAGACAAUAUCUUCUAAACCACUGGACAAUUCUGCCCAAAUUGGGGGUCAGAAUGCUCGACAUGCGUCUGGUCCUUCUCUUAGACCAGGUCCAGAUCUGUCUAGUCCCACCCUUAGAACAGGUUCAGCUCUGUCUAAUCCUAACCUUACAUCAAGUCCAGCCCUGUCUAGUCCUACACUUACAUCAAGUCCAGAUCUGUCUAGUGCUACCCUUACAUCAAGUCCAGCCCUGUCCAGUCCUACCCUUACACCACGUCCAGCCCUGUCAAGUCCUACCCUUACAGCCCUGUCCAGUCCUACCCUUACAACCCUGUCCAGUCCUACCCUUACACCAAGUCCAGCCCUGUCCAGUCCUUCCCUUACACCAAGUCCAGCCCUUUCCAGUCCUACCUUUACAGCAGCUCCAGCGCUGUCUAGUCCUAUCCAAGAAUUUGUUAAACCGGCCCCACCUGCGCCAAAGGCUAACACAAACACUGUCAAAUCAUCUCUACCGUUCCGUUCCGCCCCAUCAGGCGUAAGUUCACCUCCCCCUGUGUCGGCGACUCCGCCAGUGGAGUUCAGUCCAGCUAUGCCGCCGCCCAAGAUCAUGGUUAAUCCGGCUCCUGAAGUAUCGCAACCCGACCGGUCAGAGGAACCGGAGGACAUGGAGCCAGACGUGGCAGCUCCAGGGGUUCCCGAGAGUGAGCAAACCCAUGCGGUGUUUGUUAAACCUCCGCCUGUCUUCAGUAUGGUGGAUGGAGGUCUUAAGUCUGACAAGCCGAAAACUAACCUGGCUGCGGCCAAAGCCCAGGACUUGUUUGGUAUCUUCUACAGUUCUAAAAAUAAGCCAGGACCCAUGUCCUUGGCAAAGCCAAUAACAACAGAUUUAAGUGUCACCCUAAGAAGUCCAACUGUAACUCGACCAGUUACACACCCUUUAAAUUCAUCUCCUGCACUAGAACCUACCUUAGUGCAGAAACCCCAACCUUCAAAUGCAUCUCCUGAGCCAGAAUCUGGUCUAGCGCAGAAAUCCCAACCUUCAGAUGUACCUCCUAAGCCAGAUCCAGUUCUAGCACAAAACCCUCAAUCUUCGAAUGGAUCCCCUGAGCCAGAACCUGGUCUAGCGCAGAAAUCUCAAACUUCAAAUGUACUUUCCAAGCCAGAUCCUGCUCUAGGUCUAGCGCAGAAAUCCCAACUUUCAGAUGUUCCUCCUAAGCCAGAUCCUGUUCUAGCGCAGAGCCCUGAAUCUUCAAAUGGAUCCCCUAAGCCAGAACCUGGUUUGGCGCAGAAACCCCAACCAUCAAAUGUGUCUCCUGAACCAGAUCCUGGUCUAGCACAGAAUCCACAACCUUCAAAUGCAUCCCCCAGGCAAGAUCAUGGCCUAGUGCAGGACCCCCAGCCUUCAAAUUCAUCUGAGUCAGAUCUUGGACUACUGCAAACCCCUCAACCUUCAAAUGUAUCUCUUGGGUCAGAACCCGGUCUAGCUCUGAAACCCCAUCUUUCAAAUUUAACUCCUGAGUCAGAUCUUGAAUUACUGCAAACCCCUCAACCUUCAAAUCUAUCUCCUGAGCCGGAUGCUGGUCUCACGCUGAACCCCGAACCUUUGAAUGUAUCAUUUGAGCUAGAACCCAGACUAGGGCAGAACCUACAACCUUCAAUCCUUUGUCCUGAGUUGGAUGCUAGUCUCACGCUGAACCCCGAACCUUCAAAUGUAUCUUUUGAGCUAGAACCCGGACUAGGGCAGAACUUAGAACCUUCAAUCCUAUCUCCCGAGCUGGAUAGUGGUCUCACGCUUAACCCCGAACCUUCAAAUGUAUCUUUUGAGCUAGAACUCGGACUAGGGCAGAACCUAGAACCUCCAAUUUUAUUUCCUGAGCCUGAUCCCGUAUUGGCGCAAAACCCCGAACCGGAACCAGAGUUCCAUCUUCAAAUUGAAUCAGUUUGGUCAAUUCAAAGCAGCCCCGAACGGGCACUCGAAGGCGUUCCAGUCAACAGUUUUGUCGCAAGUCCUCGACAGGAGCUUCCUGAAAUCACGCCCACACAGCCGGAGGUCAAAUCGUGCGAACCCGGACCAUGUGAUGAAACGCUCAUCCAGGAAACUCCUCCACUGGCUAAAUCCAGUCCUGGUCCUCGGACCCGAGGUAAAAAUGCUAAAAAGAGACCUCCUCCCGCCUCUCGCCCCGUCCGACAAACCCGAUCGCAAACUAGAUCGCAGACCCGGCUCCAGACGACUCCAGAAGACUCCGGGAAACCCUCGGAGACUCACGAGGAUGCCCACCAAGGUCUCUCGGAAACAAAACUUUCCGAGUCUCUUGGGGACACAGAGUUGAAGCCCACGGACUCUCUUGGGGAAGUCCAGACGUUUCUCCCAGACACUCUGGGGGACUUCGAGAUGAAGCUUCCGGACUCUUUAGGGUACGAUGACUCAAACGACCGCUCGAGGUCUCCUCAACGUGAUGGGACGACACGAUUAACUGACGAACCGGCGCCCGAUCUGAACCUCGAGUAGGAGGACCCAUCGUUUUGAAGCAUCUCCGCAUCAUUAGUUGUAGCAGAUGGUUUGUUCUAGAAUGUUUCUUUGGUUCUGGAUCGGAGUUUCCAUGAAAGACUUUCUUCUCUGUUAUACAGGGAUAGCUCCGAUACAUAAAAACCCAAUCACCCAAAAAUGUCAUUCCAAGGUUACAAUUUUUUUUCCUCAUUUCUCUUCCCGGCUGAACAUUUGCAAGGUAACGUACACGUGAAUUUUUUUUUGUUUGUUUGUUUUCCACUCUGAUCGGACUAGCGACAACUAGUCCUGGAAGUCCACAUAAGGUCUUUCCCCUCUGCUUGGCUUGUCCAAAAUGUUUUAUUAAAAGCUACUUUGGGACAAACACUAUCUUCUGUCGUUAUGUCUUUCUUGGGGGUCGAGGCCACUUUAGAGCAGCGGUGUCCAAACUAAGGUGCGUGUAUGAGUGAUUGGCCAGUUUUUAUAUGCACUCAGCAAAUGAUGAAUAUGGCGGAAAACACUCAGGUGACUUGAAGUUCUGCUCUGAGACCCCCAAUUUGACCAGAAUUCAAAAUUGUCCGAUAUGCACGUGUGAUACAUCAUCGGAAAGCUUAAAAUCUCAAUUUUCUCGGGGAAGAAAAAUUUUGAACAGGAGGGCAUUUUUAAAAAAAUAUUUUUUAAACUGCAAAACCCUAUCUGGUAGAGGUGUGCAAAAUUUCUGAUU